AUGUUGCUCUCCAGAAUACAGUCUUCUUGGCUUCCAAUGACCCUGAUUGCAAUUGACUUUCUCAUUCUUGUCAAUGCCGAUAUGUCCACAUUCAGCAAAUGUCAAUCACCUACUUUAGAUCCGCUCACAGACUGUCCCUCAAGCUCAAUUUUGGUUUCUGCCACUGAUAGCAAUGCAAACUUCACUUCCAUCCAAUCAGCGAUACUUUCCCUGGAUGAAACAACCCCAUCAACAAUCCUUAUUCUUCCAGGAAUAUACAAUGAACAACUAAAUGUCACAAGGUCCGGACCUCUCACACUUCUUGGCCAGAUCAAAAAUACCAACCAGCAGAGUGAGAACACAGUCACGAUCUCAUGGGCAUCCGCAAAUCAAAACAAUGGAAUAUUUACGGAUAAUGCGUUUACUUCGGUAUUGACAGUUGCUCCGACUCUGGAAGCUAGUCUCACGGGAGCUGGCCCCACUGGAUACGCAGUCCCAGAAAAUACACCUUUUGGAAAUAUUGAUUUCAAAGUGUAUAAUAUCGAUUUCAGAAACGUUUUCUCCGAAAAGAGUGAUGGGCCAUCAUUGGCAGUCAGUGUUAGCAGAGCGAAUGCUGGGUUUUAUUAUUCUGGGCUCUACAGUUAUCAAGAUACCGUAAGUACUCCGCUUUCUUUGCUUGACAUGUUUACUGAAAGCAAAACACAGGUUUAUGUAGGAAAAUUGGGAAACGCAUAUUUCUACCGAAACACCAUAGCUGGUCAAACCGACUUCCUUUACGGGUUUGGAACGGCUUGGAUUCAAAACUCGACACUCUCCCUAAGAAACUGUGGCGGGGGAAUCACAGCGUGGAAAGGCGUAAACACCACCUUCCCUAACAAAUACGGAGUGUUCGUCUCCGACUCGACAGUUGUAGCAGCCAACAGUUCCAUUGCCCCCACCAUAGCUGGAAAAUGCUUUCUCGGGCGACCAUGGAAUUCGCAACAUUUAAGUGUGUUUUCAAAUACUUAUCUCGAUGCUACGAUAAACGGAGCAGGAUAUAAAAAAUGGUCGACCGAUCCGGCUCAGGAACAUUUUAACGCUAAUUGGACCAAGAUGGCUGAGUAUCAUAAUUCGGGUCCGGGUUUUGAUUUACAUGCUCGGAUUAAGGGCAAUGUCACGAUUGAGUUUACGGCUGACCAGGCCAGAAAGUAUGAGACGCCAAAAGAUGUGUUUAUGGAUGUUAAUGGGACUCAGCCAUUCAUUGACUGGAUUGAUAAAGAUGCUUAUACUUGGUAG